AUGCAGCUAUGCUAUGCAUUACCGAUUGGAAUUAUUCUCUAUCUCGCGCAAUGCGCAAGUGCAAGUCUGGACAAGACUCAAGGAAGCAAUGUUGAACAUUUGAGCAAGACAAUUUGGCAAGAUGUAAACAAUAGAGAGAUCGCACUUGACGGCUUCUUUUCUAGAAGUGGACAUACGAAUAAUUGGGCUGUACUGGUUGACACGUCGCGUUAUUGGUUCAACUAUCGCCACAUCGCAAACACUCUGUCAAUGUAUCGAACUGUAAAGAGACUAGGAAUACCAGACUCCAACAUUAUUCUCAUGCUGGCCGACGAUGUUGCCUGUAACGCACGCAACAGAUUUCCAGCCACAGUCUUCAACAACAAUGCCAAAAAGAUUGAUUUAUAUGGUGCUAAUAUUGAAGUCGACUAUCGAGGAUAUGAAGUCACUGUCGAGAACUUUAUUCGAUUGCUUACCGGACGUGUUCAUCCAGACAUGCCACGCUCAAAACGAUUGCUGACUGAUGAUCGAAGUAAUAUUAUGGUGUUUCUGACGGGACAUGGCGGAGACGAGUUUCUAAAGUUUCAGGAUACCGAGGAGAUAUCAAGUCAUGAUAUUGGAGAUGCUUUUGCUCAAAUGUGGGAGAAGAGAAGAUAUCAUGAGAUACUCUUCAUCGCAGACACAUGCCAAGCCACAUCACUAUUCUCUCAGCUCCAUUCUCCAAACAUUUUGGGAACGGGAUCAUCACUAACUGGUGAAAACUCGUAUUCACAUCACGCAGACAAUGAAAUUGGUGUUGCUGUUGUGGACAGUUUCACGCAUUUCAAUUUGGAAGUAUUGGAGAGAUUAGGCCCAGAAGACCAAUCUACUCUGGCGGUCUUGUUUGCAACGUAUGAUCCAAGGUUGAUUCAUUCUCAUCCUGGGUUUCGAGAGGAUUUGUUCCCACGCGGUAGAGAGAAGUCGCUUGUGACGGACUUUUUCGGUAGUGUUCAGAGUGUCGAAUUGAUUGAGCACACAUAUUCCCUAUCAGAAGACGCGUCUAUAGAGGAAGCGAUAGUCCAUAACGACUCGAUACAGGCAGAAGAUACGGCCUCGGCGCCGUUAAAAGAGCUCUUGACGGUAUCCGUCCCCAAGCUCUCAUCUGCAUCGAAUCGGCUAGAAGCCAUGUUCCGCAAGAAUUUGCAACAAAUCAAGUUCAAAUCGCCGUUGAGAUCUUCUGAUCGCCGAAAGCUUCGACAAGAAAUCCUAUCGCUCUUCCCUUCAAUAACAGAGGAACAGUUAGCAUCCAUACUACCAGUAAAGGAAGGAAAAGAUGGAGAAGGAGAGAUCAUAGUCGUCAAGUUAGUGACAAGUGCUGGAGAGAAUGGUGUCGCCUAUUUGAUUGAUUCUCAACCGAGUUUCUUUCGAAUUGAUGAUUUGCCCUUGCUACCCACUUGCUAUACGUGUUGGAAACUCCCACAUAUCAUGCCCACACUCGCAACGCAUCGGCCAGUGUUGAAGCGAUUAAUGGAAGGUGCUGAUCUCAUGCUUCCUGGUGUCAUCGUGCAACCAGAAGGCUUGCCAGAGUUCAACUCCAAUGCUCCUAUGUCAAUAAUAACACCACAGAGUCAUCUACCAAUGGUUGUAGGUCUCUCGUGUAUGUCGAAAGCACAAGUGCUGCAAUCAAAUAUGAGAGGACGAGGUAUAAAGGUGCUGCAUACUGUUGGUGACUCACUAUGGGCUCUAGGUAAUAAGUUUAUUCCUGCACACGACGCUUCGACAACAGCCGACGAAGAAGAUGAUGAGGUAAAUGAGGAUGCGUGGCAGGUUGAUCCUGAGGAAGAGUCAACACCUGUGGAAGUUGGAAUAGCAGAGAAACUGCCCGAGAAUUGGGAAGAUAAUGAGGUCAUUGAAAAAUCAGAGACAAUUGAUAGUCAACAGGAAGGUGAUGAGAACGAUGAGCCAGCCAUAUCGAAAAUCACGCCUGCAGAAAUGGAUAGUUUGCUCGAGACAGCUCUAUUUACAGCAAUCAAGCUUAAGGUGCCUGAAGAUCCACGAGCCUAUCCAAUAUCAGCCUCUCAACUGUACUCAGGAUACAUCUUGCCAUCCCGAAGAGCAGGGACAUCAAUUGAUAUAAAGGGAUCAACAUUCAAAAAGCUGGCCAAGUUCCUCAAAAAGUACGAGAAGGCCGGCUUAUUGAAAACAAAGGAGGUUCGAGGAGAAUUGAUGAUUACCAGUGUGGCUCAAGAUCAUAAAGAUGUCUUAUCACUGGUUCCGCCAUCCAAGCUUGCUGGAGACCAAAAGCCUCAAGCAUCGGCUGCUGUUUCCUCUUCAUCAGUAGCUUCGAGCUCAAAACAAGCAUCGUCAUCGUCUCUUUCCUCCUCUUCAAUAACCGUGUCUGACCUGUAUAAACCUCAUGGAGCCUCUGUUUUGCGUCUGUUUGGAGAAUUAGGAGUAGACAAGGAAACUCUCUUCACGGCUAAAGAAUUACGUGCUUUUAUAGAAGAGUACGUCAAAGUCAAGGAAUUGGUAGAUGUGAAAACUCCGAGAUUGGUGAAACUAGAUCCAAUCCUAUCAGAUGCUAUAUUACAAAGAGACGAAGCUAUGGAUUUGAUACCACGAGAUGCGAUACAAACUCGAUUGGCUGACAAGAUGCAAAGUUAUUCUGAGAUUACCUUUCCUGGCAGAAAUCCUGAGCUUAGGAAGGGAUCCAUCAAGCCAAUACAAAUAGUGGUAGAAAGGGUGCGAGGAACGAAAACGGUUACAAAAGUGACCAAUCUCGAGGCUUGGGAGAUUGAUCCAAAUACGUUUGGAGAUGAAAUGAAAUUGCUUUGUGCUAGUUCAACCUCAGUCACGUCGUUGCCUGUCGCCAAAACAGCCAAACCAAUAUCUGAAGUGAUGAUUCAAGGACCUAAAAGCACUGAAGUGUCGAAUUCUUUGAGGGACAAGUACGGCAUCCCGUUCCAGAAGAACGGUGACAGCAAAUAUGUGGAAAUUGAAGACAAAACUGGUAAAAAGAAGUGA